AUGGAUACAGUCAAAUCCAUUUUGACAGCAAUUACAAGUAGUGACCAUGAGAAUAAUCCUUCAGUGCCUUCUAAUGAGCAAAUUCGUUAUCGAUUAUGUCAAAUUGACGAAUUACAAAAUGGGCAAAUGAAAGAAUUCGAAAUAAAAACACCCGUGAUUAAUACAAGUGUUCUACUUAUUAAACAAGAUAAUAAAUUUCAUGCUUACGCUAGUAAAUGCUGUCACUAUAAAGUACCAUUAGCAAAAGGCGUUUUAAUUAAUAAUCGUCUUCGUUGUUUUGCACAUGGCGCAUGUUUUCGUGUCGAUACUGGUGAUAUUGAGGAUCAUCCCGGUCAUGGUAAUUUGCCGAAAUAUAAUGUUGAAAUUGUUGACAAUCACGUGAUUUUGGUCGCACGUAAACAAGAUCUUGAGAAAUCCGAACGUUCAAAAAUACCUGAUGAAUUUGAAGUGGAAGCAAAGCCAGUUGUCGCUAUUAUCGGUGCUGGAGCUGGAGGGUUCACAUGCGCUGAUAUGCUUCGUCAAAAUGGCUUUCGUGGUCGUAUAGUUCUAUUUACACGUGAAGGAACACUACCCUACGAUCGUGUUCAAUUAUCAAAACAACCAUUAAAAAAACCACAAGAUCUACUUCUUCGUGAUCAUCCUUACUUUAAAAAAGCUAAAAUUGAUUUAAUGCUUGAUACAAGUGUUACUAAUAUUAAUUGGACUUUAAAAAAUUUAACAUAUCAAACAUUAGGUAAACAGAUGAAGUCUGAACAGUAUGAUUAUUUAGUAUUAGCAACCGGUUUACGAUCACGAAAAUUACCAGCAAAUAUACCUGGUGGUGAUCUUCGAAAUAUUUUCUAUUUACGAACAAUGGAAGAUGCCAAUAAUCUUGUUAAUAAAGUAAAAUCACCAGAAACAAAAAAUAUUGUUAUUAUUGGUGAUUCAUUUGUUGCCUUGGAAAUGUGUGGAUGGUUGACCACAGGUUUAGGUGGUCCUGAUGGAAAACAAGAAGAUGCCGAUAAGAAAAAUGUUUCAGUCGUGAUGCUUUUAAAAGCUCCAUUGAUUCGUGUUUUUGGUGAGAAAAUUGCUUGUGCUGUACAAAAAGUUCAUGAAAAAAAUGGAGCAAAAUUUUAUUCCGAAGCUACCGUUACAGAAUUGACAGGUGAACAUAGUGUGGUUAAAUUUGUACAAUUAGCAACAGGUGAAUCUGUUCCAUGUGAUUUGGUUAUUGUAGCCAUUGGCAGUGAAACGUGUACUGAAUUGCUUCAAGAUUCACCUAUUGAAAUGACUCCAGAUGACUUUAUUAAAGUUAAUGAUCGGCUUGAAACAUCGGUCGAUCAUGUUUUAGCUGUAGGUGACAUUACUAAAUAUCCGUUGAGGAUAUUUAAUUUAGAUGAAGUCAAUUGUCAACAUUGGCAAAUGGCAUGUACAACGGGCCAUCAAGCCGCUGAUACUAUUUUACGUCAUUACCUUGGCCAAAUCAAAGGUGGCUGUCGAUCAUCAAAAAACGAUCUUUACACGACACCAUUCUUUUGGACGACACAAAAUAGUCAAACAACAAUACGCUAUACUGGUUACACGCGUGAUGCCGAGAAUGUUGUAAUUCAUGGUGAUCUCGAGAAUGAAUUUAAAUUCGUCGCCUAUUAUAUUGUUGAUGGUUAUGUUCGAGCUGUAGCACAAUCGAAAUAUGAUCCAAUAGCAUGUGAAGUUGCUGAAGUAUUCUAUCAUAAACGAAACAUUCGCAAAGAAGAUAUUGAGCACGAUGUAUAUGGUUAUAGAAAAUAUCUUGAUUUUAAAACAAAAAAACCGGAAUAA